ACGAAACGCGGGUCUGCAACAACUGCGCUUGACUUCGGCGAGUUAAAAAUAAUCUUAUCUUGGAACCUGCUGGAAGGCGUUGAGUAAAUCACGCUCGCGACGAAAAUUCGCAAACUUGCGCGUAUUUGUUGAUCUAGACAUCCGUUCAGCGGGUUAAUCGAGUUUCCAUUCGUAAAACCGCCUUUAAUAAUAGCUGUAAAUCGUCGUACGUUCUUUCUGGCACCAACGGACUAUUUUAUAGUUCAAGGAAUUUUUAUAUUAUUCGAGUUGUCUGGCACUGGAUAGUAAACUCCAUCAUCAAACAUGCGUGAAUGUAUCUCCAUCCAUGUCGGCCAAGCCGGAGUACAGAUCGGGAAUGCUUGUUGGGAAUUAUACUGUUUGGAGCACGGUAUCAGUCCAGACGGGCGGAUGAACAAGAAAGAGGCCGGAGACGGAAGUGAUUCGUUUACGACGUUCUUCAGUGAAACUGGGGCAGGAAAGUAUGUUCCGCGUGCUGUUUUCGUCGACUUGGAACCUACCGUAGUUGAUGAAGUGCGUACGGGCGCAUACAAGCAGCUCUUCCAUCCCGAACAGCUCAUCACCGGCAAGGAGGAUGCGGCUAACAACUACGCUCGCGGCCAUUACACUGUGGGAAAGGAAAUUGUGGACGUGACCAUUGAUCGCAUACGCAAAUUGGCCGAUCAGUGCACGGGACUGCAGGGCUUCCUCGUCUUCCACAGCUUCGGCGGCGGCACAGGAUCCGGCUUCACUUCGCUGUUGAUGGAACGCCUGUCGGUGGAAUUCGGCAAGAAAUCUAAACUGGAAUUCUGCGUCUACCCGGCACCGGAAGUGUCUACCGCCGUGGUUGAACCCUACAAUUCCAUUCUGACCACGCACACCACCCUGGAACAUUCAGACUGUGCCUUCAUGGUUGAUAACGAAGCAAUCUUUGAUAUUUGCCGAAAAAAAUUGGACGUUGAGCGACCGACGUACACCAAUCUUAACCGACUGAUCAGCCAGAUUGUUUCUUCCAUCACCGCAUCCCUUCGUUUUGAUGGCGCUCUCAAUGUCGAUCUGACUGAAUUUCAAACUAACUUGGUGCCUUACCCACGCAUUCACUUCCCAUUAGUGUCGUACUCUCCGGUUAUUUCCGCGGAAAAAGCGUACCACGAGCAGCUUUCGGUAAAGGAAAUCACUAACGCCUGCUUUGAACCAGCUAAUCAAAUGGUCAAAUGUGAUCCGCGCAACGGGAAAUACAUGGCUUGCUGUAUGCUUUAUCGCGGCGAUGUGGUCCCUAAAGAUGUUACAGAGGCUAUCGCUGCCAUUAAAAGCAAAUCCAGUAUCCGAUUUGUUGACUGGUGUCCAACUGGAUUUAAGGUUGGCCUGAAUUUCCAACCUCCAGCCGUUGUUCCCGGUGGCGACCAGGCUGCGGUGCCACGCGCAGUUUGCAUGUUGAGCAACACCACCGCUAUCGUGGAAGCAUGGGCCCGGCUUAAUCAUAAGUUCGAUUUGAUGUUUGCAAAACGCGCUUUCGUUCACUGGUACGUGGGUGAGGGCAUGGAGGAGGGUGAAUUUAGUGAAGCACGCGAAGAUUUGGCAGCACUGGAGAAGGAUUACGAAGAGGCUGGUGCCGAUUCCACUGAAGGCGGGGAAGAAGAAAAUGGAGAAUAUUAAAAUUGGGAGUUUAUACCAGUGAUAUUAAACCGUUUUCGCAUCUUGUGGACUAUUUGCUUUUAAUUGUAAUUUUCUCUUUUCUGGCCCUUAACGGGAUUAUCUUGCAGUCUGGGUCGUUUUACCGUUUUAUAUAAUUAUGGCAACAUUCAGUGUUCAGUCUACUGCUAUAAAUGAUGAAAUGUUGAAAAUACUUAGGCAACUAACAAUAAAAUGAACGCUGGUUAGACUAGCCGAUAAAAACCACGCCACUGA